AUGUCCAAAGCUGUAGUACAUAACUGUGGCCAUGGUGUCUGUACGCUGCAAGGCAAUGAAAAGCUGUGCAUGUGCGAAAGAUGCCCGCUACCAUCUCAGGCAGGAUUAGCAGGGGGAGGGCCUCCGGGAAUGCCUCAAGGAGGGCCUCCGGGAGGGCUUCCGAUGAUGCCUCAGGGAGGGCCUCCGGGAGGGCUUCCGAUGAUGCCUCAGGGAGGGCCUCCGGGAGGGCUUCCGAUGAUGCCUCAGGGAGGGCCUCCGGGAGGGCUUCCGAUGAUGCCUCAGGGAGGGCCUCCGGGAGGGCUUCCGAUGAUGCCUCAGGGAGGGCCUCCGGGAGGGCUUCCGAUGAUGCCUCAGGGAGGGCCUCCGGGAGGGCUUCCGAUGAUGCCUCAGGGAGGGCCUCCGGGAGGGCUUCCGAUGAUGCCUCAGGGAGGGCCUCCGGGAGGGCUUCCGAUGAUGCCUCAGGGAGGGCCUCCGGGAGGGCUUCCGAUGAUGCCUCAGGGAGGGCCUCUGGGAGGGCUUCCGAUGAUGCCUCAGGGAGGGCCUCCUGGGAGGGCUUCCGAUGAUGCCUCAGGGAGGGCCUCCGGGAGGGCUUCCGAUGAUGCCUCAGGGAGGGCCUCCGGGAGGGCUUCCGAUGAUGCCUCAGGGAGGGCCUCCGGGAGGGCUUCCGGGAAUGCCUCAGGGAGGGCCUCCGGGAGGGCUUCCGGGAAUGCCUCAGGGAGGGCCCUCCGGGAGGGCUUCCGGGAAUGCCUCAGGGAGGGCCUCCGGGAGGGCUUCCGGGAAUGCCUCAGGGAGGGCCUCCGGGAGGGCUUCCGGGAAUGCCUCAGGGAGGGCCUCCGGGAGGGCUUCCGAUAA